AUGCUGCUAUCGAAGUUCGAAAUCUUCGCUAUUUCAAUUGGUAUAUUAGUUUCAAUACAACCUUCCUAUAUACAUCCAGAUGAACAUUUUCAAAGUCUAGAGAUACUGACGCAGUUUUUCUAUGGAAUUAAAGGUACUAUACCCUGGGAAUACGAUCCUCAAAAUGGUGCCCGUAGUUUUGUUCCUUUGAUGCUGUACUAUGGACCUAUAUUUUAUUUCUUCUCAAACAUUCUGCAUAUUAAUAACCCAGUCAUACUAUUAUAUUGUGUGAGAUUACAACACUCGUUAUCAUUUUUACUGAUUACAUAUAUUGCUUUGUGUUAUAUUAUUCCAAAAAAUGAUAUUCACAGAUCAAGGACAUAUGCUUAUGUGAUUACUUCGUAUGUAACUUGGUCUUUUCAAAGUCAUUCUUUCUCAAAUUCGUUAGAGACUUUGAUUCUGCUUGCAACCAUUACUACUUUUUCAAUUCAAAUAGGGAGAUCCAAUGAAAACCACUGGUGGCUUUCAAUAUUUCAAGGUAUUUUAAUAACUUUGGGUAUCUUUAAUAGAAUGACAUUUCCAGCUUUCAUACUCUUACCUUCAUUAAUAGUAUUUUGGAAAUAUUUUUUAAAACAUAUAAGAAAUUUCCUUGUACUAAUUCUAACGAUAUUCGCUACAUCAGCAGUUUGCAUCUUGGUUGAUACUUCCUUAUAUGAUAGUAAGACAUAUAUUAUUGCACCAAUGAAUAACUUUUUAUACAAUAUGUCGGUCUCUAAUUUAUCCAAACAUGGUUUGCAUCCCAGGUACACUCAUAUAUUAGUAAAUUUGCCACAAUUGAUAGGCCCUGCUAUGCUAUAUAUAGUACCUCAUAAUAAAAGAGAAGUAAAAUCCUCUUUCAUGUCAUUACAAAUGUUGUCUAUUUACUCUGCAUUAAUGGUGUUAUCUAUUUUCCCACAUCAAGAAUUAAGGUUUUUGACUCCAUUACUUCCAUUCGUAUGUAUUAAAAUAACAGAGCAUCAUUCUACAACAUUCUUCAAAAUAUGGGUAGGUUUUAACUUAAUCAUGGGUAUUAUCAUUGGAGUUUUCCAUCAAAGUGGUAUUGCUGAUACUUUAAUGAAGCAAAAAUAUUAUCAAGAACAAAAUAUUAGCGUCCAUAUUUGGUGGAAGGCAUACUCCCCACCGACAUGGAUGUAUAUGAAUGAUAAUCUAACUGUUAGUACAACAAAUUUUAUUGAAAAUAUCGAAAGAAUUGAUAAUAUUAAUUUUGGUAUACAUGAAAAUUACAUCAUUGAUUUGAAAGGUUCAGACUUAGAACUUGCAAAUGAUACAAUAUGGAAUUUUAUAAGAGAUGAUUUUACAAAAAACCUAACACUUUUUUACCCUGAUUCGGUAGAGGGUAAAGUAUUACAGAUUUUAAACAACACUCAUCUCUCUUACGAGAAAGUUUACCACACAAGGAGGCAUUUAGAUCUUGACCACCUUGAUGGCGAUGAUUUAACUACAUUUAUUCCUGGUUUCUCAGUUAUAGAACUCCAAUAUACACAAUAA